AUGGCGUUAGAUUCGCGCUUCUACCACCACAUCGGCCACCCGGGCCCGGGCUCGAUAUCGUCAGCCGCAUCAUCCGAAUUAUCAGCCGCGACAGGAAUCACCUCUCCCAGCAUCAUAUCCACCUCCGCUUCCGCCGCCACCCUCCGAUCCACAGCGUCAAGUCCGUCCUUCCGCGCGCGGGAGGGAUUCGCAGUACCCCAUAACCGAGAUGAGAUGGCGAGCCCGACACCUGGAGGAAAUGUGCGCGUCGUAGUUCGAGUACGGAAGUUCUUACCUCGAGAGAUCGAGCGCAAGGCCCAAUGUCUGAUUGAGAUGGACCCGAAUACGCAGGUGACAUUACUGAAAGCACCAAAACCAAAACCGGGCGACCAAGGAAUACCCAAGUCGCAGGCUCGUGGCAAGGUUCGGGAAGAUAAAUCGUUUACGUUCGACAAUUCCUUUUGGUCUCAUGAUGAGGAGGAUGAGCAUUAUGCACACCAGGAGGAUGUGUAUAACUCCCUCGGUGAGGAGUUUUUGGAUCACAACUUUGAGGGAUACCACACGUGUAUCUUCGCAUAUGGACAGACGGGGUCGGGAAAGAGUUACACGAUGAUGGGAACGCCAGAAAGACCUGGUUUGAUCCCUCGGACGUGUGAGGAUUUGUUUCAGCGCAUUGAGAGCUCGCCUUCCCCCGAUAUCAGCUACAACGUCCGAGUGUCUUAUUUCGAGGUGUACAAUGAGCAUGUUCGCGAUCUUUUGGUCCCACGAACGGACCCCCCGCAUUAUCUCCGCAUUCGCGAAUCGCCAUCGGAAGGACCGUACGUCAAGGACCUGACCGAAGUCACCGCAAGAAACUACAAUGAAUUGAUGAAGUUUAUGCGAAAGGGUGACGUCUCGAGAACUACGGCUAGCACCAAGAUGAACGACACCUCAUCCCGAUCUCACGCAGUCUUUACUAUCACUUUAAAACAGAUCCACCACGACUUGUCAACGGAUGAAACUACCGAGCGCACUGCUCGGAUUCGGUUGGUCGAUCUGGCAGGUUCCGAGCGCGCCAAAUCCACCGAAGCGACUGGUGCUCGACUACGUGAGGGUGCAAAUAUCAACAAAUCCCUGACUACAUUGGGACGUGUCAUUGCGGCUCUCGCAGAUCCGAAGAAGAUUCGUGGCCCCCGGAAGGGCAAGGAGCUGGUACCAUACCGUGACUCGAUAUUGACAUGGUUAUUGAAGGACAGUCUGGGCGGCAACUCCAAGACGGCGAUGAUUGCCUGUAUCGCGCCUGCAGACUACGAAGAAACACUCUCUACCCUUCGCUAUGCGGACCAAGCCAAGAACAUUCGCACACGAGCUCGGGUCAACCAGGACCAAAUGACGGCAGCUGAGCGUGAUCGACAGAUUGCGGAGAUGACAGAAACCAUUCGCGCCCUUCAGCUCAGCGUGAGCCAGGCAGCAGUUAACCAGCGGGCAUCUGAAGCCUCCGAUGAAAGACUCGAGGAGUAUCAGCAAAAGGUGGAGAAGAUGCAACGACUCAUGGAGGAGAACAAAAUGGUCAGCGAAUGCAAGAUACGACAAUUGCAAACUGAGAAUGACGCUCUACGCAUGCAUCUGAAACUGGCACUUGAGAGUCUCAAGAACCCAAUACCCGCCAUCAGCCUUGAUCAGCGAAAGCCAAGCAACAUCACCGUGGGUGAUGAAAAUCAACCGCCCCGUCAUGAUCCAGAAGAUCGCGAAGGCUCCCCUGAAGACUCCCCCGUUGUAUCAGAUACCGAAUCUGAUAUGGAUAUGUGGGAGGAUGAUGACACAAUUACUGAUGAGGUCACCGAGCAGGAGGCCCAACGGAUGCAGAAUUAUAUGCAUGAUCUCCUUGGUGAUCUGAGUGUUUUCAAGCGGAAGCUUGCUACAGACCACGAACGGUUCCGUCCGCUCAAAGACCCUGGGACUCAUAAACGGCGUGCUUUGGGAACCAUUGCUGGCAAUCAUUGA